CGGCCGGACACGGUCGUGGUGGGGUUGUUGGACGACGCAGAGAGGUGGUGGGAGAGGGGGGUCAGGCUACUGGGCAUGAAUGCCAUGGAAUCGGUGGUGGGAUGGCCAGACAUGUCGACAUUGGGGGCGGCAUUGGCACUGGCAAACACGUCGAUUCAAGAACAGACUGCGCCUGAAAAAGCGGGCACGUUGUUUCUUGGGGACGACGCAGUGGAGUGGUGGGGGAGGGAGGUGGGGUCGGCUGGCGCGGUUGGGCAAAAACCGUUCGCAGGGGGCUGACGUGUCAUUUCCUGGUGUCGACGCGACGCUGGAGGGAGGGGAGCUGGGCUGGGAGGGCAUACUGGGCUGGGCUGGGUUGUUUGGGUUCGGAUCGGGUGGGGGAAAUGGCCCAGCAGCGCAGCGAGUGCCUUCUGCGCGCGUUCCAGAUGUAAAAGAAAAUCAUGAAAGUACGCAGCUCAGAGCCCUCUUCCAAGGCCCACCAAAUGUCCCCCAGUGGGUCCACCUCGAACUUCGCUGGCAUAACUCCAAACUCGGAUGCGGUCGUGGAAAAACUCGACCCCCACUGUAUCUGGGGUCAAUUUCCUCCAAUCCGCCAGGAGGGUCUAAAGUGAAGCUGCUGGCUGUGGGCAUGACCCGGCUGACAAGGUCGAUUUAUAGUGGCUCCAAAAGCAUCCAAUCCCCUCCCACCUCUGAUGCGGAGCGGUUUAACACUCGAAGCAAGCUCUCUCCGUAGCCAUGUCAGAUUGACAUGGCUGGAGGGCUGCUACAGUGCUAAUCCUCUGAAUCAUGAGGGGGAGUCAAGGGGGCAGCCUGCUGCAUCCAGGACAAGGGAAUCCUCUUUUUAUAGGCAAGUCAGACAGAGAAUCGUGCAGCUUUUCCCAGGGUUCUCCCUUGCCCAUUGUGACAGCAGUUCUGCACAUGAAAAGUGGUCAUUGAGGGCCCUAACCAGAGCAGGGGGCAUCACUAGUUACAUAUGACUUUCGAU